UCAAGUGGAAUGGUUGGACAUAUCCACUCCCAAAACUCAAGUAGUUGCUACGUAACACUAAUUCUUGGCAUGUAUGGCGCGUAUGGUUCCACAGCUAGCUAGCUCUUGUUCUUGCAACAUGCAACUCAAAGCCAUUCUCUUGCUCAUCCUCAUCAUCUCAAGCAUCCCAACAUUCUUAACCGUUGGUGCACUACAAUACCAGCAUCACCAUGGUGGCGGCUGCAUCCCGGUCGAGAGGGCUGCCUUGCUCUCCUUCAAGCAGGGUAUCACAAGUGACAGCACUAAAGUCCUCGCCUCGUGGCGUGGACAGGACUGCUGCCGGUGGAGAGGUGUCAGUUGCAGCAACCGAACAGGUCAUGUCACCAAGCUUAAUCUUGGUAAUACAAUUCUGGACCCUGACACCUCUAAUCCAUGCCGUAAUGCUAAUUCUUUGUUCGGCGAGAUAAGUCCCUCGCUGCUUUCCCUGGAGCAUCUGGAGCACAUGGACCUUAGCAUGAACUGUUUGCUAGGGGCAAAUAGUCAUGUUCCUCAUUUCUUGUUCUCAAUGGAGAACUUGAUAUAUCUUAACCUCUCUGGCUUACCAUUUACCGGUAGAGUGCCUUCUCAGCUUGGGAACCUGUCUAAGUUGCAGCAUCUUGACCUUGGCCAGGGUUAUUCUGGAUUGUACUCUGGAUUGUACUCAACAGACAUUACCUGGUUAACAAAUAUACCUUUGCUGCAGUACCUUGGCAUGAGCGGAAUAAAUCUCUCAAGGAUAGCUGAUUGGCCUCAUACCUUGAACAUGAUUCCAUCUCUAAGGGUUGUCGAUUUUGCUGAAUGUAGGCUUGAUACUGCAAGCCAGUCUCUUCCAUACUUUAAUCUCACAAGACUUGAGAAGCUUGAUCUUUCCGACAAUAAUUUAGGCCACUCAAUUGCAUCAAGUUGGUUUUGGAAUGCAACAAGCCUCAAAUAUCUCAUUCUUGGUGGGAAUUAUCAAGCAAAUUGGAAGUUCGGCAAACUUCCAGACGCAAUAGGAAACAUGAAGUCACUCAAGGUACUUGAUUUGUCUGACACCAAUCUGAAUAAGACUGGAAACCUGAAAAACCUUUGCAGUUUGGAAAUCCUUGACCUCUCUACAAAUUAUAUGAAUGGUGACAUAACGGUGUUGAUGGAGGACUUGCCACGAUGCGCAUGGAAAACAUUGCAGGAGCUACAUUUCCAUAAAAACGAAUUCACCGGGACCCUGCCAAAUUUGAUAGGGGAAUUCAGCGCCUUGAGUAUACUCGAGCUGUACAUCAACAACCUUAUUGGACUUAUACCAGCAGGGCUUGGGAAUUUGGCGAGUUUAACCACCCUUGAUCUCGGGGAAAAUCAGCUCAACGGGAGUGUACCAACUGAAAUUGGUGCCCUUACUGCUCUGACUUAUUUGGACAUGGGCAGCAACAACUUAACCGGAAGUAUACCAGCCGACCUUGGAAAAUUGAUAAACUUGACCACCCUUAUUCUCGCGCAAAACAAACUUACUGGAAGUUUACCCGCUGAAAUAGGCUCUCUUAAAAAUCUGAUUUCUCUUGACCUAAGCAACAACAACUUUAGUGGUGUGAUCACGGAAGAACACUUUGCAAAUCUAAAAAGUCUAAAGUACAUAGAUCUGUCUUCUAAUCAAUUGAAGAUUGUGGUGGAUUCAGAUUGGCGUCCUCCCUUCAGGCUGGAGUCAGCAGUGUUUGCAUCUUGCCAAAUGGGUCCUCUGUUUCCAGCUUGGCUUCAGCAGCUUCGGGAAAUCACAGCACUUGACAUUUCGAACACCACUAUAGAGGACAAAUUUCCUGAUUGGUUUUGGGAUACAUUUUCACAGGCAACAUAUCUCGACAUUUCUAACAACCAAAUAAGUGGUAGCUUGCCAGAACAUCUGGAUGGCAUGGCUUUGGAAGAACUGCACCUAGGCUCAAACCAGCUCACUGGGUUGAUACCUUCGUUGCUGACGAACAUCACAAUGUUAGACCUCUCCAACAAUAACUUUUCAGGAGCAAUACCAUCAAAUUUCCAAGCCUCGCGACUUCAAAUAUUGGUUAUCUAUUCAAAUCGUCUUGGUGGGUACAUCCCAGAAUCUAUUUGCAAAUUGCAACAAUUGCUAUAUCUGGAUUUGUCAAACAAUUUUCUAGAGGGUGAAAUUCCUGAAUGUUUUGACAUCCAGAUGGUACAAUUUCUUCUGCUUGGAAACAAUAGUCUAUCAGGAAAAUUCCCAGUAUUUUUGCGGAACAACACAGAUCUGGAGUUCUUGGAUCUUGCAUGGAAUAAGUUCUCUGGAAAAUUGCCUACAUGGAUCGGAGAGCUGAGCAAAUUGCGUUUUGUACUACUGAGCCAAAAUGCAUUUUCUGAUAAAAUUCCAGUCAGCAUAACAAACCUUACAUAUCUUCAGUACUUGGAUGUGUCAAGCAAUGAUUUCUCUGGUGCAAUACCUUGGAAUCUAUCAAACCUAACAUUUAUGACAAGAUUCCAGGAGGAAUUCAUGGAUAUGUAUGAUGGUACAUUUGGAGGAACUGAUGGCAUAAACAAUAUGGGAGCUGGUCACCUAGGAAAAAUAUUAGUAGUUACAAAAGGACAAUGGCUUACAUAUGGUAGAACACUUGCAUAUUUUAUGAGCAUUGAUUUAUCACAUAACUCCUUGACUGGUGAAAUUCCCACAGAUAUCAAUUCCCUUGUUGCACUGAUGAAUCUGAAUCUAUCGUGGAACCAAUUGACUGGACAAAUUCCAAGCACGAUUGGCGCCAUGCAGUCAUUGGUAUCUCUUGACCUCUCUGAGAACAAGCUCUCUGGUGAAAUCCCGUCAAGCAUAUCAAAUCUGACAUCUUUGGCUGCCUUGAACUUGUCCUACAACGUUUUGUCUGGAAGGAUACCCUCUGGCCGCCAACUUGAUACCCUCAAUGUGGGCAACCCAUCACUUAUGUACAUCGGCAACAGUGGACUAUGUGGGCCUCCUCUCCUCAAUAAUUGUUCAGGAAAUGAUCUGUUCAUCCAUGGUUAUCUCGAAAGCAGCAACAAGAGAUUUCAGCCACUGACCUUUUAUUUUGGUCUUAUACUGGGACUUGUGGUGGGGCUCUGGAUGGUGUUCUGUGCACUGUUGUUCAAGAAGACUUGGAGGAUUGCUUAUUUCCAGCUCUUUGACAAGGUGUAUGCCAGAGUCUAUGUAUUUGUGGUUGUGAAGUGGAAAAGCUUCACAAAGAACACAGCCGUAGAAUAAGCAAUUUUUCUGAAGGAUACACUCUGGUCGCAUGUGUUAUGUUGUCUGCCUUGUUUGUACUAUAUAAACAUGAAGAUGUUUAGUUC